UGAAAUAAAUCAAAUUACUGGAUCCGAUAAUUUGGCGAGGUAAACCCAUCAAAAGAGGAGGAAGAAGAACGAUAUCCAAGUAGAUCUCGGAUCUUUCAAAGCUUCCUUGCUUCAGGGUAUACAAAGACAGAUAUUUCUCUCUCCCUCACAAAUCAUAUAUAGGAAAGUGCAAAGUUAAGAGUGGCUCUGUUCGUUGAUUCCUACGAAUCCAUUCAGAGACAAGAAAAGGGUAUGCCUAUAUCUUUGUUUCAGUCUUGUUGUUGACCUGGAUACAGUUCUAAUCUGCUGAUUUUGGUCCAGAAUCUUGUGAUUCAAUCGUUCUGUGUAAAAAAUCAACUGUAGGACUGUGAUUCAAGGUUGAUCAUAUUUAUAAAGAGUUAGAGAGGAUAGAGAAAGAGAAUGUUUUGGAGAGAUACUUAAGUGGAAUAUUAGGAUUGCAGAAAAACAUCGAUUUCUAUCCUUGACAUGAGCAACAAACAACCAGUUGAGUUAGACGACGAGCAAAUCGCAGAGCUGCGUGAAAUCUUUCGUUCUUUUGAUCGGAACAAUGAUGGGAGUCUAACACAACUUGAGCUCGGAUCGCUCUUAAGGUCACUUGGUCUAAAACCAAACCCGGAACAGCUCGAAACCCUGAUUCAAAAGGCUGACAAGAACAGCAACGGAAUGGUUGAGUUCUCGGAGUUCGUGGCGCUUGUGGCGCCGGACCUUCUUCCGGCUAAAUCUCCAUAUACAGAAGACCAGCUAAGGCAGCUGUUUGGGAUGUUUGAUAGAGACGGAAAUGGUUUUAUCACGGCUGCCGAGUUGGCUCACUCCAUGGCCAAGUUGGGCCAUGCGCUUACUGUGGAGGAGUUGACGGGGAUGAUCAAGGAGGCCGAUACAGAUGGAGAUGGGAGGAUUAAUUUCCAGGAGUUCUCACAUGCCAUAACUUCUGCUGCAUUUGAUAAUUCAUGGUCUUGAAAUGAAACAUGGGAUUUGUUUUUGGUUGGACAAACUUUCGCGCCCGCUGCAUGUCGAUGAUCCAUUCGGACAUGCUCAGAAAACUAACGAGGAGUAUAAGUUUAUGCAGUGGUUGAUUCCUUUCAUUCAUGAACCAUAUUUUUGCAUGACAAAUGCUGCAGCAUGUAUAUAUUCCUUUCUGACAUUAUAAUCCGUUAGUAUAUAUGUUGGGUACGGUAUUGAGUCAGGAAGUCUGUAUUUCCUCAAUCUCCUCCCACUUCUAAUUAGUUCAAGAUAUCUUCCAAAUGAUCUUUAGGUUUAUAAGCACUUCGUUUUGAUUAAUUUCGUCCCUUUGGUUUUAGAGAUAUUGCGAUGAUUUUUGCAGUGUUGGCAACUUAGCAUCAUUGAUCUUAAGUGUUUUCAUUGAAGCUCAAAACAUGAGAACAAUCGUGUAAUUCGAAUUUAUUUAUUUCUU